AUGUCGAGCGACGCGCACACGCGCCCGGCCGUGGUGAUCGACAACGGCACCGGGUACACGAAGAUGGGAUUCGCCAAAAAUGUCAAUCCGACGCACGUGAUCCCGACCUGCGUCGCCGAGAACGCGCCCGCGAGCGCGUCGAAGCGGCGGGGCGCGAUGGAUGACUUAGACUUCGCGAUCGGUGACGAAGCGAUGGCGCUGAGUGGGUCGAGAGACGUGCGAUGGCCGAUCAGACACGGACAAGUGGAGAAUUGGGAACACAUGGAAAAGUUUUGGGAGGCGUCGAUUUGUCGAUACCUGAGGUGCGAUCCCGAGGAUCACUACUUUUUGUUGACCGAACCGCCGUUGAAUCCGCCGGAGAAUCGAGAGUACACGGCGGAGAUCAUGUUUGAAUCGUUCAACGCGCCGGGGAUGUACAUCGGCGUGCAGGCGGUGUUGGCGCUCGCGGCGAGCAUAGCGAGCAAGAAGCAGAGUCAGUACGCGUCGGCGUUGACGGGGACGGUGAUUGAUAUCGGGGAUGGGGUGACGCACGUGAUACCGGUGAGUGAUGGGUACGUGUUGGGGAGCUCGAUCAAGAGCGUGCCGUUGGCGGGGAGAGAUUUGACGACGUUUGUACAAUAUCUGAUGCGAGAGCGCGGCGAACGCGUGCCGCCGGAGGACGCGAUGGAGGUGGCGAGAAAGGUUAAGGAGGAUUACUGCUACGUGUGCAAAGAUGUUGUGAAAGAGUUCUUGCAGCACGAGCGCAUGCCGGGCGAGUACGUGGUGCAAAUACACGGCGUGCGGGGGAAAACCGGCGACACGUGGACGGCGGAUGUCGGUUACGAACGAUUUCUCGCCCCAGAGGUCUUCUUCGAGCCCGAGAUAUACUCGUCGGACUACAUCACCCCGUUACCAGAGCUAGUGCACCAGGCGAUUGCGUCGAGCCCGAUCGAUACCAGACGUAAUCUGUACGGUAACAUUGUGCUCUCGGGCGGAAGCACGAUGUUUAAAGGAUUCGGCAAGCGCAUCAAACGCGACGUCAAAAGGCUCGUGGACGGGCGAAUAGCGGCGACGACGAAAGGCGCCACGUUCGAGUCGAAAGAAGUCGAAGUCGAGGUCGUGACGCACAACUUCCAGCGCACCGCAGUUUGGUUCGGUGGAAGCGUACUCGCGUCCACGCCCGGUUUUUACUCGAGCUGCGUCACCAAAGCCGAGUACGAGGAAAAGGGCGCGAGCGUCGUUCGGCAGAAUCCCGUGUUUCGAGGUAUCUAA